GCGCCAUCUGGCCUCUUGGGUUACACUAACGCCGCCAUAUUCUGCAAGAAGGAAAAGAAAAUUUUGGGUGAUCCUGCGGUCAUCCAUUGGUUAUAUGUCGCCAGACGAUGACAAGCCAUUUGCUUGUAAUGCCCCGGGAUGUGGGAUGAGGUUUACCAAUGAGGACCAUCUCACAGUCCAUAAGCGUAAACAUGAGAUGUCCCUGGCUCUUAACUCCUCCUCAAGUGCGAAGUCUGUUGCAGCCCACAGCAGUCUCUUUGUGGCAGAUCAAACUCCGACACCAACCAAGUUCCUUAGGAACUGUGAUGAGAUAGGACUCUUCCAUGAACUCAGCAAGAACCCCUUUGAAGAGGCAUUCAAGAAGGCCUCAGAUGGCCUCUCCACAGGUUUGCCACCUAUACCUGGUCCCACCCUGGACACCCCACAGGCUCUGGAUACUCCAACCUCUGCCCUCUUGCACAGCAUUUCCAAAGUCAUCAGCAUGCCAGGGCAAACCCUGGCUCUAGACACGCCAACACACGUCUUGGACACGCCAACACCGGUGCUUCUUCGACCCCUAUCACGUGUUGAGAGUCAUGACAUACCUGAACUCUCCGCGGAUAAUAUCAUAACCAUCCCAUUUACGGAAGCAACUACACCAGUUCCACCAGUAGAGGUCGUCUCAACCAUGACAACGACGACUGCUAACGAGGCUGUCAGAAUCAAACAGGAACCUAAUGAGAUGUCUCAGUCGUCCCCAGUGACAACUUCUCAACCAGUUGAGACCACCCCUUCACCCCAACAGGAGAUUGAGCUGUUUGCUAGUGGUGUCGCCCCUGAUCCCACGAUGCAACCUGUAGUGACGUCACAUGUCACCUCAGCGACCCAAGGAGCAGCAACAACAGGGAUUCCUGUUCCUAAUCCUAUGGCUACAUUGUCACCACAAAUCCUUAAAGGAGGUCAAGUUGCCACGGUGCAAAUGUUCAUUCAGUUGCCCAAUGGGCAGACGAUACCCGUCAGUAUCCCAGCAGCCAUUGCACCACAGACGUCACAGGUUGUUCCGAAUAGUAGUGCACCGGAAUCUCUUGUAACAGUUACCACAGCAACCAGCUCAUCUGCCCUUACAAAACAGAAAUUAAAGGCUGCGCUCUCUCAGAACAAUCCACAGAACAUCAUGAACAGUAACAUGAUGGUUAUGACAGAAGCUGUUGAGAGGGUGACAUCGAUGGAGCAAAACUACAUGGAUUCGAUGUCGGUAUCGAGCCCCGAGACACCACCGACGACGAUUCCAACCAUCGUGGCGUCGGCCAUCCCGAGGAUAGAUGUGGUAUCGCCGGCCGAGUCUGAUUACAGUUUUUGCGAUCCAGAUUCAUCGACUGUUCCAAGCAAGCGAUCAAGGCUGGAAGAAGGAGAUCCUGACGAAAGACGCAGGAAGUUUCUCGAAAGGAAUCGUGCUGCAGCCGCCAGGUGUCGCUACAAGCGGAAAGCAUGGAUAAACGGCCUCGAAAAGAAAUCAGACGAUUUGGCAGGAGUAAAUCAGAGACUGACUAGUGAAAUUACAUCGCUGAGGACAGAGAUCGCUCAACUUAAAAGCCUGUUACUUGCCCAUAAGAAUUGUCCUGUGACACUACAGCAGCAGGCUCAACAGGGCCAGUUAAAUCUAGUCUCGACUCCUGAAGAAAUGGACGCUGCCAGUUCACCAGCAUCGGCUGGAAUAACCGUGGUGAAUACUGUUUCUACAGCAACAACUGCAUUGAAACAAAUACAGAACAAAGCAGUGCCAAUCAGCACUUUCCUUUCUCAGAACAAUAUACCUAUCGCUUCUGCAUCAACUGCAGUUCCCUUGGCAACCGUUGCCCCGGCUACGGUUGCCGGGGGUGUUAAUCAGACAUAUAUAAUUGUGACAAAUCAGCCUACAAAUGGACAGUCUUGAUGUUAGUAACAGAGGCUUGGGGUCUCUGUUUUGUUUUGGGUUUUUUAGCCUGGCUUUUGAUGUUUAUUUUUGGACAGAAAUGGCAGAUAUUUUAAAGGGCUGUGCUCAGCUUAUUCUCAUUUGCUUGCAAGUCUUAUGAUGUGGCGUGGAGUUCCCUGGGCGCUCGGCUUUCGCCCAUGCCGUCAGAGAUCGGAGCAUCAAUGCAAAAGGUGACCGCUAUGACUUAUUUCAUGUCAUCUUUAUUUUACAGUUAUGUUAUUUUUGUAAAAAUGUCUAUCUGUAAAUUUUGUUUCAAUAAUAUUAGAUGUUUUAAUCUCAAAGGCUUUAUGAAGUGUUAUGUGUAGUGUAUAUGUUUGUAAUAUAUGCUCACCUAAUUAAGAAUCUGGUGCAAGGUAUCAUUCAGAUUUAGUGAUAAGUUUUUAGCUUCACAAAACCCUAAACCUUUCUGUCGCUUAUUUUGCAACAUGGUGUUGUGGCCUGCUCGGCUUUGGACAAGAUUGAGGUUGAAAGUGGUGAUUUGUUGCCAAAAUUAGGCAGGCCUAGUUUCUAGCGGAUUCAAUGGUCACUAGCUCAUUAGGGAAGGUAGACAUGUCGGGAUGUCCUUGAUGUUGUAUGCUAAACUUGACUUAAAGUCUCAUUUGUAUACAUGUAUAAUAUCUGUAGGCUGAUGCCACAGGUAUUCUGUAAUAUAUAGGUGCAGGCCUGGUACUAUUUCGAGCAACUCUUCCUUUAAAUGAUGUAAACCAUACAUGUACAUACUUCAGAGGAUUUGUAUGUUCUUGUGUACACAUGUUGAUGUACAGAUAUUGACAGUAUAGAAUUGAUGUACAUUCAUAGAAAUAUGUAUGAUACUAUUUAAAUCUUGUUCGUAUAUCUCAAAGUAUUCUCUGUUUUGUGGAGUAUAGCAGACUGAGUUUGAAGGCAGUAGUGAAAUUGUGAAAUGUUGGAUUGAAGAACUAUUGUUUAUUCUCAUCCUGGUUUGGCGAUGUAUAUUAUUUGACACUGUCACACCAUCACUCCUGGGUGGAACCUGUUGUCCGAUGACUGGCUCUGCCUGUCACAUGAGGAACAAGAAGUCGAGCCUGCACUGAUAGGGUAACUCUCUCUGCCCAUAUUCUGCCUUGACAUCUGCUGUUAUACUCCCUGCCGAGAGGAGGGUAAUGUUGUUUUAUUGAGAUAUUAUCAAUCACGUUGUGUACAUGUACGCUCUGUUCGUUCUUUACGACUUUUUGGAAUCGUAAAUAAAG